AUGAGUUUGCGGGGGCCAUCGUUUAGUGUCCCUAAUGCGGAAGGUGUGCCGCGGCUCACGGAUAUCGCGCUGUAUCUUUGUGGGAAGGCCCUGGCCUCUGUUUGGCCGUUGAUUGUUGAGUCAGGUCCAGAAACGGCCGAGACAUUUGCCAGAUGGUACGUUCACCGCGUGGCGUUCACGCACGAGCGUGUGGCGGACGAUUUCAACGAGGCACGGAACGUCGAAGCGCCGGCUGACACGCGGGACGGGGGCGAGGCAAACUUCUCCCUUGCGUUUAAUGUGUUGUGCCGGGGACCCGUUGAAAAUGAGUCUUGCAGCCGGCAGCAGCGGGAACGGUCUUCCUCUGUGCCCAUGGUCUUUGGAUUUGCAGAACAAUCCAAGCCAUCUGUGUCGUCUUUGGCGCCUACAUCAUUGGUGUUUAUGGAGGGGAAUGUAGGGAUUGACAGCGACAGGCAUCGUGCAUUCGCGUACUUUGAGGAGCUGCUGGAUCUUUUCGGAGAUGCUGCUGGACGUGAUAUUCGGGAGGAUUUUCUCCAUUGCGUUAUUUCUCUCAUUACGGGAGAAGCUUCUUGUUCCACCCAUGCCCCACGACCCCUGUGGGGUAGCAAAAGCCUCCAUGAGCGGGCCGCAGUGAUACUCUCGUCAUUUUCAGUCUUGCUCACGCCGAGGAGUGAAUUCUCCGCUGAGAAUGUGGCACGGAGUAUCACACGCUCUUUUUUGGUUUGGAUGAGUGUCAGCUGGAGCUGUGCAUCCUUUGGAUGGAAGACGCAUAUAGCGCGGGUGGUGGGGCAGUGGCUCGCCGAUUUUGAGUCUCGGCGGACAUCGACGGUGUUGUCAAAGACGAUGCUGCCGUUGAGUCAACCCACGCGACUGCCGCACAGGCCAAAAUUCUCGGCUCAUGGGUCUUUUGCAAGAACCCUCCACCCGGUCUUGGCAGGGAGGCAGAGGCUGAACAUUUCCAGCAUGUACAUGGCCAUGCGACGCAUUUGUGAGGGUUGCUUACCGAGUGACAAAGGGCUCAUGGAGUUGCUUAUUCAAAGUGGGUGCGGGGCUGAGUCUGUCGACCAGAACGUGUUGGAAUACAUGAUGAGUGAUGCAACAACAGGAGGUGGGGUCUCUGACACGAAUCUGUCCCAUUACUCCAUCCUGCUGAGAAUUACAAGCGGCAUGCUCCUCUACGCUCAAUUUUAUCUGACGGUAAACUCCUUGGAGGCGGCCCUUCAUUGUGCACAAACUGCUGUCCUUGUUGGACACCAGUGGCGCUCCGACGAAUUUCUCACAAUGGCACACUACAGCAGUUUCCUUGUCCAUUUUGCCAGCCAAGACACUCCUGCUGCUGCGGGAGAAAUCGCCAUCAUGCUUCAAGUAGCGGAUGCCGCAUCUCGUAGGGAAGACGAUAUAGGCAGUGAAGCGAAUAACAACGCACCCCGAUAUCAUGCCGGGUGCUUAGGUUACAUGGGGGCGGCUUUGUUACUGCUUAUUUGCCCAGGAACAGUUGAUACUUACUUACGCUCCGUGAUUAUUGCUGGUAUUGUGGCAGGGAGGCCCGCCUUUAGCGAAGCAACAGCUGAGGGCAAGGCUGUGCUGGGCAGCGCUCGCAAGAAUCAUAGCAGUCAUGCAGACACAGAAGCGGCUCGUGGCGGCCACUCCGUUGUGGUGCAGACCCUUGCCCAAACGGUGCGGUUUGCACUUUGGCUGUCCGAGAUGGAGACGCUUCUUGAUCCCUCCUCAACAGUUGUGACGGAGAUUAUUACUGGCGUUGGGCGUGAGACUCUGAUGAUUAUUGCGGGGCACUACGGUGUGCGUGCCUCGCAGAAGGCCAUCAACACCACCUCUCUUGGUUACCUUCUGAGUCAGCUGGACGAGGAGGUCUCCACGACCUUGUCUUUAUUCUCGUAUGAACCCCCAUCACUCCUGUUGCAUGAGAUGUUGCGUCAAACAGCUCAUCGUGCAUUGGCCAUGCAGGUUGGCGCAGCAGAUGCUUCACCUGGAACGGGACCAUUCAACAUCUUAUACGACUUCCUUGUGGCGGUUGAGGUUCACUAUGGCGAGGAGGGCGCGGAGGUUUUGCAAGGGAACUUCUUUUUUACAUCUACCUACCGCUUCAUGUUUGCCAUCUGGCUUAAGAAACAUGGGUACAUGAAGUCGGCAUAUCAGGAACUCACCCGACUCGCUGACAGCAUGCUGUUUCAUAGUCGUAGCAGCCUGGAAAAUGUCAUGCUGGGUGGAGAAACUGCAUCUGUAACCACCGUAGCUGGGGAAGCGAGUGGGGACGUUUUAGCUACUGGCGGCACUCCAGCAGCUAAAAAAUUGCCACAUACAACGGCAGGAGUUAAGAAACGUGGUCUGGAGUACUGGCCGCCUGACCACUUGUUGCUUUGGCAGCAUGUGCAGUUUGAGCGGGCGCAGCUUGCACGCUACCUUGGUUACUCCUCUACCUUGCCUGCUAUUGAUGAGAUGCUUCGUCGUGUGAGUGCGGGGAGCCAUUUUGUUAUGGGUGUACUGUACGCCGAUCUUGUUGCCACCAUAAUGUGCUUCCAGCGUGGAAACUACGGUGAAGCCCUCCAUGCACUUGACAAGGUCUUGAACAGCGCGAAACGUAUUGGGUUGACUUUGGUGCAAGCACACGCAUAUUCAAUGCGGGUAUUUGUUUUGCUGGCGUGUAGUCGAUGGAAGGAUGCACUGGAAACCUUGAGUGCUAUGCCUCCUGUUCCAUCGCUUCUGGAGCCGGGCUUCCUUAUUGCUCAGCUGCGUGCGCAGAGCGAGGUGAUGAUGGCGUCCUCGACAGCACAAGAAGCCGACCUCACCGCAGUUCUGGAGCACUACGUACGGCGGAUGGAGGCGUUUGGGUGUUUCCUCGAGGAGCCAGAGGAGGAGGAUUCCGUCGGCAUCACAUUAGCUGAAAAAUUGUGCGUGCAUGCCUGCGUCGCCCGCUUUGCCGUGACGUUUUCGGCGGAGCAGCGGCAGUCGUGGGAAAAUAAUUUAGCAGCACUUUCAAAACAAUUGAAACAACGCCAGUUUCAAGAAGGGAAUUGGCUGGUGCUGUGCAAUGCGCCAAUGCGGCGUGUCUGCCGAGAUAUUAUAUCAGGUGCGCUACUGCAGCAGCUUAUGCGGGACUCACUGAGAGAUGCAUAG